AUGGAAUCAACCAUCAAAAAUGAAGAGCUACUAAAUUCACAGAUUUAUCUGAAUGCAACUGUACAAAAUUACGAGCUUGCAGCUUCAAUUCUUCCAUUCUUACUGGUGUUCGGUGGCGUAAUAAUUUUAUUCUUAGGAUUGUGCAUUUACUUAACUUGCGUUUGCCCAAGCUUCAUUCGUGACUUGAGCCUAGAGACGAAAUCAAACGGCUCAGAGGACUCAGAUGAUGAGUCGGGAACAAUGACGACGGACCUUAAUUCUUCAGAAGCGUAUGUUCAAGGAACAGAGAUGAAAUUCCUCGCCUAG